CGAUCGACUUCCUAGCCUGCCGCCAGAUCGCUGCUGAUCCUGAGUACCCUGUCGCUCCACCCAGGCUGCUCCAUUGUUCAGCAGGAGGCUCGAAGUACUUGGAGAGCUCGCUGUAUCGCUAAUCAUUCAGGAUAAAGGAAUACCUCUGCGCUCCGAAGCUACAAGCGAGGAAUGCAAGACGGUUCACAAAACUGACACUUUACGACUAGUCACAGUGCAGGCAAAGAGAAAACAGAUUUAAAUGUGAUCGAAACAUCUCCUCACGCCUCAUCAAUUCAUGCCGCCUCAUAGUCAUUCUCUUCAAACCAGCGACCCCUCUUGUAAAGUCGGAUGAGCAGUUAAAUUGUAUUUGCGCCGGGAUUAAUGUUAUCAUGGGAAUAACAAUUCUCUGUAACGAGACAUGGGGAAAGGGCGCCGGUGAAUACCUAUCCGAACGACCCUCAUAUCAACGAUACUAUGGAGCCUUAUGGCUGGGGUCAGCUGACAAAGGAAGGUAGAAGAAACCAAUACGAUCAGGGACUAUAUCUGCGGAAACGUUACAACGAUUUCCUAAGGACCACGUACCAUCCCGACAUAUUUCAUCUGCAAUCCACCGACGUAGAUCGCACGAAGAUGUCAGCGUUGCUGCUCUCCGCCUCUUUGUGGAAGCCCAACGAAAAGCAGUCGUUCAAGGCUGAUCUACCUUGGCAGCCAGUCACGCUGUACUAUCAGGAACGUGCGGAGGACACGCUUAUGUUGGUGUGGAACGCAUGUCCGAGGUACACUCAAUUACGCAGCUCGGUCUACGACUUGCCAGAAGUUCAAAAGACUCAAGAGGAUUACAAGCAGCUGUUUGAGGAGCUCACGAAUUACACGGGUAUGCCGAUCAGGACCAUCGACGAUGUCAGCUCGCUAUACAGCACGUUGGUGGCCGAGGAUGAGAUGAACUUGACUUUGCCAGAGUGGACGAAGAAUUAUUAUCCCGAUAAAUUAAUACCUUUGACUUUGUACGAAUUGCAACUAAAUACGUACGACGACGAGUCUCGCAGGCUGAAAGGCGGUCCCAUGGUGAAGAAGAUCACCGACGACAUGAGAGCAGCGGAAGAGGGUACUCUCCAGCCCCAGAGGAGAAAAAUGUCUAUGUACGUUGGUCACGACAGUACCAUCGUCGCUCUGCUCGACACGAUGCACAUUUGGUACAAUCAGAUGCCAUAUUAUAAUAUCAUGACGAUGAUAGAGUUGCACGAAGAUGAAGAAGGCAACUGGAACGUUCAAAUAUUUCUAAGAAACACGACAGUCCAUGAACCGUAUCCUAUGACGAUACCUGGAUGCACCGUCGCGUGUCCUCUUGACAAAUUUAUCAAGAUCUUGUCACCAAUGAUACCGGAAGACUGGAAGGAAGAGUGCAAGGUCGGAGGCAAUUACACAACUCCAUCUGCACCACCUCCAUAA